AUAUAUGCCUCAUUGCGCACAGGGUUACUCUGGAAUACUUUAGCGCACAAUGUUGCAUCUUGGACACCAGAUCAGAAUAAUAGCUUUCGGGCUAAAGUGCAGUUGGGUCCCCAGCGAGUCUCACAGCGCAGGGGGCAGCCGGAGCGCCGCAGACUCGGGCGGCUACAUGAGUAUAUUGGGAAUAAAAUACUCCUGCCAGCUGACGCUGGACCCCAACACAGCAAACAGAGUCCUGUCUCUGUCAGAGGGGAACUGGACGGUGACAUGGUGGUUAGAGCAGCCAAAUACUGAUCAUCCAGAGCGAUUUGACUACUGGUCCCAAGUUCUGUGCAGAGAGAGUCUGACUGGUCGCUGUUACUGGGAGGCUGAUUGGAGUGGAGAUGGAGCCUGGAUAGCAGUGAUUUAUAAAGGACUCUGGAGGAAAGGAUCGAGUUAUGACUGUCGGCUUGGAUUCAAUGACAAAUCAUGGAGUCUGUUCUGCUCUCCUGACAGUUACUCUGUCUGUCACAAUAAUAAACAGACUGUCAUACCCAUAAAGCCCUCAGACUCCCGCAGAGUAGGAGUGUAUCUGGACUGGGCGGCUGGUACUCUGUCCUUCUAUAGAGUAUCCUCUGAUGGAUUGACCCUCCUGUACAGCUUCACCUCCUCAUUCACUGAACCCCUCUGCCCAGGGUUUUUUGUUUAUCCAAACUCCUCCGUGUCCCUGUUGCAUGCUGGGAUAGCUCACUGUGUGCUGGAGGAAUCAUUUUUACCUUAUCAGAGUGUCACAUGUCGCUGCUUCUCCGUGGCCGCCUCCCAAAGCGUAACUGAGUAA